AUGUCCGACUCCUCUCCGCGCUACUGGCGCGGCCAGCCAGGCGACCGUCAUGAACACGGUAAUGUCUGGGUGCCCGGUGGUCCAAAGUCACCCACUACAAAGGCCCCAUGGGCUCCAACGCCAGAAAUGAUCGCUGCCCGCCGUGAAUCCGAUGCCUCCGCCUCCUCAGCCGGUGCAGCCACCAACGAACCGUACCUCCCGACGCUGUCUGAGCGACGCCGCUCAAGCGCCUCCUCGGGGACCCAGCUAUUCUCGAACCUGCAUACGCAGAAGCGGGAGUCGACGGAUCCGGAUGCGGCGGCGCGCAGAAAGAGUUAUUCGGAGCAGCUGGCGAAGGGAGGGAUGUUUUCGAAGCUUUGGGAUGGGUAUACGCGCGGAAAGUAG